CAACAGUACAUUAUACACAUCAUAUAAGUGUACAGUGAAUGUAUAGUGUAUUUAGAGAGUGAAUUAGCGUUACUUUAGUUUCAUUUCUAGUAUUACAUUCCCAGAGACAUAACUUUCUAUCGGAAAGACAUGUUAUAAAAUAUAUUACAUAACUAUCACUAAAUAUUAUACAAAGUUUUGUUUUUAUAAUUAUAAAAAAGUAUGGGUUUAAUUAAAAAGUUACUGUUGGUGGCAGUGGUGGUGGGUAUCGGUGCUGUGAUAUACCCAUUGCUGGUCAAACGACAGUAUAAUGAUAUGCCUGAUGUUAGUGAGAAAUGGUUUGGCAAAACAAAACUCAAAAGCGGACAGGCGUUUCCCAAAGAGUCGGUGGCUAUCAAUAAGUUUGUGGUCAAUGUUUCGGAUGGAGUGCUCGCAGACCUCAAGAGUCGGCUCGAAUCGGCCCGAUAUGUGACGCCAAUAGCGGGAACUAAUUUCAAUUAUGGCUUUAAUGGCGAUUAUCUGCAAAAAAUAACACACGGAUGGCCAGGGUCAGUUUGGGAAUACUAUAAAGCGAUACCUCAACUAAUAGAGCCCACAAAUGGCGUGGCCUUUGAAGUGAUCUGUCCAUCGAUUCCAGGCUAUGGCUUCUCAGAGGCCCCGCAUCAGGAGGGUAUGCAUUGAGUGCACAC